GCCUACAUAUCCCAGAUUCCCCGGUCAUUGUUUUUCUGGACUGAACCUCGGCUGCGCUCACUGGAGCACCAGCGUGUUUAACAACAAUGCAGCCCUUUCACUCUUUAAUCUUAUGCUUCAAAAAUGUACAGCUGACGCUUCGUGGUUAACGGGGAAAGAAAACGGUAACAUGAAAUGGAGAUCACUCGGACCAGACCGUCCUUGUUUGGAGAAAUCGCACAUGGUCUUGGAUUCUGGACAGACCGGUCAGCAGUGCAUGAGGCCGCUGCACAGGGCCGGGCCCUCCAGCUGCAGCAGCUGAUCGAGGGAGGUGCAGCAGUUAACCAUGUGGCAAUCGACUCCAUCACCCCCCUGCACGAGGCGUGUAUACAGGGACAAACCCAAUGCGUCAGACUGCUUCUGGAUGCUGGUGCACAGGUGGAAGCUCGUAACAUCGAUGGAAGCACGCCGCUGUGUGACGCCUGUGCAGCAGGUAGCCUUGAAUGUGUCAAGCUGCUGUUGGAGUACGGAGCAAUAGUCAAUCCUCCACUGUUUACCUUCUCGCCGCUUCAUGAGGCUUGCAUGGGAGGAAAUUCAGAUUGUGUUCAGCUCAUGAUCGAUCAAGGAGCCUCCAUGGAGGCCCAUGACUGCCACUAUGGGACACCGCUUCAUGUAGCUUGUGCAAGGCAACAUUAUGACUGCGUCAAAGUUCUCCUCAAUGCAGGGGCAAAUGUGAAUGCUGCCAAGCUACAUGAGACGGCCCUUCAUCAUGCAGCCAAAACCAAGAACGUGAACUUGAUUGAUCUACUUGUGGAGUUUGGGGGGAACGUGUACGCCAGAGAUAACCUGUACAAAAAACCCAUCCACUACACUGGUCUGGGAUCCACCCCAUAUCUCUGCCUUGAGUUUUAUGAGAAUACUCCUCUCAGUCUACAGCAGAUCAGCAGAGUGGCUGUGAGAGCUGCUCUCGGCAUAAGAGCACGGGAAGUCGUUUCCAAACUGAACUUGCCCAAUCGCAUCAUACGUUUUCUUUCUUACAUGCCACCACCAGUUAUUGAAAUUUAAUCACCUGGGAGAAACAUAAGAUGCAGCCCUUUUCGAAGGAUUAAAUAUAGACCAGUUAUGUCUGCUGACUCUGUGGAUGGCUUUCCGGAAAGUCAUAUGACAGGAUGUUGAAUUUGGCAGGAGAAGUUCAGCACACAUCAAAUCUACUGCUAGACUAGAGAGAUUUUAUGACAUAAUUAAUCAGACUGUUUGCCCAAAGAUAUUUAACAGCAUUUAUACAUGUACCUUCAUCUUAUCGUGAUGUUCUGGCCAACCUGUCCGUAAACAACUGCCUGCUUACACAUCCACUGGAGAUAUGUUUAAUGCAGCCAAAUUAAUGUUAAGUCCAGCAUUUACUUUCAUUUUCAACCCCUUGUUUGCAAAACCAUUGUCUGCUCCUUGAGGUUAAGAGAGAUGAGACUCAACCAUACAGUCUGCAUGAAUGUCAAAAGACUGUAACAAAUAGCUAUUAAAAGCCAACAUCUGAGUGUAAAUCCACACAGAUGAUAUUAAUCAAUUUGUCAUCUUCUCAGGACGGUGCGAGCAUGUACAGACUGUUCCUCAAACAAAGACUCUCCUGUUAGCGCCUUGCCCUCGUUAUUACAAGUUACACCUUUUAGCCUCCGUAAUAUUACAUGGCGCCUGAUAACAUGUCCUCAGAUAACUUCCAGCAUAGCUCAGCCCACCUUCACACUGAGCAGAGUUCUAGUCAGACACACCUUUGUGGGCGUGUCAGGGCCCUUAACAAUGCAUUCCCAGAAACUUUGGCUACAGAACAAUUUCCCAUUACUUUGAAUCAUUUGAAUCAGUGUUAAUAUCAAAAGAGAGCUUUAGAUAUAUUAUCAUGAACUUGGCUUGCUCAAAUGUAAUUGAAACCAGAGGGAACAUGAAGUAGUUUGAUUGCUAGGAUUAAAUCUCUGUAUAUAUUAUGUUACUAUUUAUUUUUUAUGUACAUUUGUAAAUAAUACAGAUGGUUCUACCUUUAUUAAAUUUGUGUAAAUAAAUAGACCAUUA